AUGGUCUCCUUGGAUGGUCUCAAUACCGACGCAUUAAACGAAAUAAUCCAGCUUGUCCAUGCUUCCUCAAGAUACACAUUAUUUUCCCUGUUGAGGGUCAACAAGGCCUUUCACGAUUUGACACUACCUUUUCUCUACCGAAUUCUGGAUUUCGACUUCACACAAGCAGAUCAUCGGCGUUGCGCACAAGUUCUUCACGACCCAUACACGUGCUCACAACGCCGAAUUCAUUCCAUCACGGAGGGUGAUCCAAGGAUCCUCAAGGCAAUCAGGAAGGUCGUUGUUCACUCUACCUAUGCUCGAUGGCCAAGAGACACCCUCCAACGAACAUCUUUCAUACCUUCUGACGAAGAUAUUGAGUGCAAAUGGUCGCUUUUCGUCGCAUUCUUAUCUCGGAUCGCUCAUCUACAAGAACUAGUGUUCGAUUGUCGAGAGAGGGUCCCCCUCGUUUUACUGGACGUUCUUCAUGGCCGACAUCCACUAUGCCGACUUCAUGUGCGGGGUUGGACAAGGGCUGGGUACGACGUGCGGGUAGGAGAUCCGUACGAGAAGGCGUUGGCUAGGUCACCUUGCCUUCGAAGUAUCGACGCAUUCGUUUUUUCAGGUCCACCAGGAGCAGAUCUUUAUUUACCGGCAUUUUUUCGAAUCGUGUCCCUUGCACCAAACCUCGAGUCAAUGGGCUAUAGCACAUCGACUUCUGAGUGUUGGCGGUCUACGCUGCACCGAUUAACGACAGAGCAGAGAGAAAAUAUUCGAACAGAGUCAGAACGAUUCGAGGUGAAGGAGCCGGUAAGGAAAGGGUUGAUGAAGAUCAAAUGGACUGAAUUGGACGAGAACGUUCUCGAUCGCUUUGAACAAGCGGGUCUGGAUCUUGGCACAGUCGAGUCGUUGGAUAUGGGGGAGGUAUCCCGUAUCUCAGGGUUGAUUUGUGUGAGAAAACAAGGACUUUUUGCGGCUCUCAAACACCUAUCCUUCACCAUCCAUCAUUCUUCUCGCUCAGACUGUACGGAGAAGGAAUUGAAGUCGAAUAUUGUCGACUUUUUACUCUCCAUUCCGCCGUUACAAUCCUUGUCCGUCACUAAUUACUCGGCAUUCAUCGAUCUCUCCGCCCUCUUCCGUUGGCAUGGCGGUUCGCUCCGUUCGUUAUCCCUGCACGAGGUGGAGAAUUCCCACGAAACGCGAGAGGUUCUGACUGUUGGACAGUUGAAGGAUCUACGCUCAAUGGCGUCCCAGUUGGAGGAGAUAGAAUUGGACAUCAACAGGACGGUUGAUGAUGCAAAUCAUUUGGCUUACUACGAGGUACUCGGGUCGUUUCCGCAACUUAACCGCGUCAACGUCCACUAUGACCUCGGUCGGAUCUAUCGGACUUGUGGUGGCCAACUCAACUGUCUUCGGAAAUACCCCGAAAAAAUCGAUGAAAACUUUGGGAUGAGCGUUUGGAAGACUCUCUAUACUUCUAAGCAAAAACAUGGUCAUGGCUACCGAGGAAUUGAGGAGGUAGCGAUAUUCGUUGGACGGCGUCGUUGCGAGAGCAGGUUUGGUCUGUUGGCAGGUGGGAGGCAUUCUGCACAGACGCUGGUUUUGAGGGCGAAUGAGAGAGAUGAUAAGAGGAAUGAGCCUAUUGUUAGGGUUCUGACACCCUCAGCGUCGUUCGUAAGACGAUAUUGUGCGUAG